UAGACAUUCUGCACACAUUUCCACAUCACAUUUAUUUCAGUAGAGGGGGGUCAUAUCUUUUAAAAAUGAGUGCUAGAAAUACCACACCAUAUGGGGUGAAAAGUUUAGUGGAGUGUUUGGCCAGAGCAGCAAUCUUUGCAAAGCCAGAUGACAUCCCAGAAUGUUUGUCAAGACAUGUGCAUAAAAUGACACAGCACAGGGACGAAUCUAGAGAUAUCAAGAAGAUCGCCUUUGGGCAUCAGGAGCAGUGGGAGAAAUCUUUCUUUCAAGAGGAGUACAAAAGGAUAAUUACUCCCAAACCAUCUGCAGAAGAAUCUCCCUCACCUUCAUCCAGUGUGUCCAGUGCCUCCCUUGCAUCCUUCGUGGCGCCACCUCCUCUCCAUGAGGUGGCACCGAAGACACAGAGAAUGUCUUCAGUCAUGGUACCCCGUCGACAGGAGAGUGUGGGUCGAACUGCUGAAAAGAAACCGAUAUCAGUACCACCACUUCCAGCACCUGGACGGAGAGUUAAGACCCGUCAGGUCUCAUCAGUCAGGGUUCCCUGUCAAACGGACACAAAACUGUCUUUCCCAUCUACACUGCCUGUACUCCCACCUAUCAAACAGAAAGCUCCCCCAUCCGUUUCAAAACAAGAGCAGGGACACAGAUCAACUAAGGGGAGUGGCAGUGGUGUAUAUACCUGCCGUCUGAUUGAUUGUCCUUUCCACAAGAAACCCAAAAAAGGGUCUGCAGCUCACAGGGAACUGGGGCCAGUCAAGACCAGCAAAGUGCCUACAGUAAAAGGUGAUCUGGAGCUGCAAAAGGCUCUGGCAGAGGUACAUGUUCCAUACACACCCAAAGGAGGGCCUAUUCUAGAUCCAGAACUCAUGCCAAAGAGAACCAAGAGAGGAUUGGGAAGAAGCAGGACAACCAGUGCAGAGAGGACCUUGCUUCAUGCAGGACAGGGCAGUGGCUUCAGUAAACCAGGCACUAACAGCACAGAUCUGUCACAAGUGUCGCUCGAAACCGCUACACAUACCUGCCCUCAUGUAGCACACACUGUGCAUACCAUCAGAUACAGACGUAUGCGGGUACAGUGCAGUGAUCUUUAACUCUAAUAAAAAUGAG